GUGUCUCCAGCAAAGUCCCAACAAUGCCCGACUCUCGCCUCUUCCAGCCCCUGAAGGUGGGCAACCUGACGCUAAGCCACCGGCUAGCAAUGUGUCCGCUGACCCGGUUCCGAGCCUCCGACGACCACGUCCCCCUACCAAGUGUCAGGGAGUACUAUGGCCAACGAGCGUCGGUUCCAGGUACUCUGAUCAUUAGUGAAGGUGCCUUCAUCUCGCCAGCCCACGGUGGUUACGCCAACGUCCCCGGGAUCUAUAACGAGGAUCAGAUCGCUGCCUGGCGGACGGUUACGGAUGCAGUGCACGCAAAGGGGAGCUACAUCUUCUGUCAACUAUGGGCCCUUGGCCGGACAGCCGACACCAGCGUUGCCGCGCAUGAGGGCAUCACCUUUGUCAGUUCAAGCAACAUCCCCGUGGAUUCUGAGCGUCCGGCGCCGGUCCCCCUGAGCAAGGUGCAGAUCCGGCAGUCCAUUCAGGAUUACGCCAAUGCUGCCAAAAACGCAAUCAAAGCCGGGUUUGACGGUGUCGAGCUGCACGGAGCGAACGGAUAUCUCAUCGAUCAGUUCAUCCAGGAUACGUGCAAUCGGAGGGAGGACGAGUACGGCGGCAGCAUCGAGAACCGAUCCCGAUUCGCAGUUGAAGUUGUCAAGGCCGUAAGCGACGCGAUUGGGGGGGAGCGGACAGGAGUCCGGUUCAGCCCGUGGAGCACAUACAACGGCAUGCGGAUGGACGAGCCGAUCCCGCAGUUCGCAGACGUGAUUCGGCGGAUCAAGGAGCUCAGCCCUUCGAUUGCGUAUCUGCAUCUCGUCGAGUCACGGAUCGCAGGGAACGCCGACGUCGAGGCCUCGGACAAGCUCACAUUUGCGUACGACAUAUGGGACAGGCCGCUGCUGGUUGCGGGAGGCUUCACCGCCGAGUCAGCUCAGCGGCUUGUGGAGGAACAUCCGGACAAGGAAAUCGUCGUCAUGUUUGGAAGGUAUUUCAUCUCGACACCGGAUCUGCCCUUCAGGAUCAAAAGUGGGUUGGCUCUGAGUCCGUACGAUCGGGACACCUUCUACACGCCUAUGGCAACUAAAGGAUACACUGAUUAUCCUUUCAGCCCGCAAUUUCUUGAAACAGUCGAAUAGCAGAGUAUGCAAAAAUAUGUACUGCAGUUGAAUAUGUAGAUAGGUACUUAUGUACUUAACGAGUCACUGUUGCGCCGGUGUUGCUUGCAUCUAAGAAAGUACACUG